AUGCCAAAAGAAAAGAACUACAACCCCGUACAGGCUCAGCGCAAAGCUGACAAGGCUAAAGCCCUCAAGAAAGGCAAGCAUGAACGGCAAGAACGUCUGAACGAGAAGCUAUCGCGAAAGAAUCCUGAGCGCAUCCAAAAACAAAUCGACGACCUCAAGAAAAUCACAUCGGGCGGCGGAAAACUUACGCGCCAUGAAGAACAAACACUAGAAGGCCUUGAAAAGGAGCUUCGAGCAGUGAAGAAGGCGAGAGAGACACUAGGCGACAAGGCACCUACAUUCAGCCGAGGAUGGAACAGAGAUCAUGAUUCGGGAUCUGGAGUACUGGGCAAGAGGCGCAGAGGCUCAAAUGAUGCUACGACCAGCGAUGAGGACGUUCCCGAUGAGAUCAAAAGAAUUCCCAUGCCUCGAGAUACGCCACCGCCAAUUCCCAAAGAAGUUAUGGAUAAAUGGUACGCCGAGCGACGAGCGAAGAGAGCUGCAGAGAACCAGACAAGGCAAGAAGACGAAGACAAGCAACAAAAGAAAGAGACAACGCCUGUGGAAGUUAAGACUGUAUACGAAGCGAAACCCGUUGUUCGCGAUCUACGAAAAGAAGCGGUUUCGGCGUUUGUACCUACAGCAGUCAAGAUGAAGAUGAACAAGGGCCAAGGCCAAAGUGGACUGAUAGAGCCAGAGGAAGCAGACCGAUUGGAGCAGGAAGGAUAUCUCAAAACGACCGAACGGGAAGCAAAAGCACAGCCUGAUCAAGGUCCGCCAACACGGCAUGUGACUAUGGAAGAUGUGGAAGAUGAGGAGACUUGA